AUGGCUGGUGAUCAUUAUAAUGGCUUGGACGUCCCAGCUGCGACAGAGGGCAGUGAGCAUCCUGGUGUGUUGGACGGUGCCACUGUCAUUAAUGGACCUGCUGUUGAAGAAACAAUUGUAGCUGAUACUGCCAACGAUUCUCAUGCUUCAGAAAGAGAUGGAGGAGGUCUCGAUAUCGCUGGUGAAUCGGAUGCCUCUGGUGACUCAGACGAAGGAGAUCCAGUGGAACAGGAUAACAAUGGUCAUCAAGAUGCCACUAUUGAUGCCAAGUCUCAACUCAAGAGGCCCAAACACGCAACUUCCGUGAAGAAAUACCUCCUUCUCAGACGCUCCACUCAGGUCGAGCUUUCUCCCCACGAAAUUGAUAAGAUCAUAUCAUCCUUGAGAAAAAGAAAUGGCCGCGCCCUUUCUCCUCGUGAGGCCGAGAAGAGACGCCAGGAAUACUACAAUCACAAGAACGAAGUUUAUCACCCAGAAAAUGCUGCGCAAGUACUCAGUCUCUUUGGUGGUAAAUUGUCACCCGGUUCUAUACUCGACACGAAGGUUGAUAUCAUUAAUGUUUAUGCAACUCAAGCUGCAGGAUAUCCAGUUCUAAGAUUGAAGGAUGAAAUGGCUUACUACGAUGUAAAACCUAAGGUCAAGUGCUCCGAUCACGAAGAAGAAUACCUAGUGCCAUACUGUCUUCCAGCUGUUGCGAUCAUUACAACGUUCAGCUGGCGCUUCAUUGAUCAAUGGAGAGAUUACACAGGAUUUGAUGAGGAGGCUUGGUACCGAGAAUUCGUAAUUCGGUUAGCUCUCGCGCACGAAGGACUAAGACAAGCUAAAAUGGAGGCCAGGGUAGCGUCACUGGGCUUCGAGACGGCUCUUGUUAUCAAAGUGAAGACAUUGAGCUUAAAUGAACUUAUCGAGUAUUUCACUGCACCUCUCAAGGAACUCCAAAGAUUUCUCGCAAUUUUGAAAGCAAGAAGUCAAGAAAAUAUUCGAGGAAAUACAGAUAAUGGAGAGGAGUCUGCCGCUACUUCUACCAGCCAGAAAGCCUCGAGUUUGACAAAGUGA